GCUGUGACGAUGGUAACAAGCUGGGUGUCCGUUGCAGCGUUGCUGCUGCUGAUGUCGGUGCCAAUGGUGGUCGCCGUGGAUCCGCCGACGACGAUGCCGAACUGCAAUGCCACCUGUGGCGACGUGAGCGUGCCGUACCCGUUCGGCAUGGGCCCCGCCAGGUGCUACCGGCCAGGGUUCAAGCUCACCUGCGACCACGGCAGCAAGCCGCCGAGGCUGCUCCUCGGCGAGGGCGGCGCCGGUGCUUUGGAGGUUGUCAACAUCUCCCUGAGGAACACCACGGUGCGCGUCAUCCGCCAGGGAGUGUACGCCGUAAACAUGAGCGACUCCGGCGAUGGGGUCUACCGGUGGAGCUGGAGCCUCGCCGUCGGCGGGGGCGGGGUGCUGCCAUACCCAUACAUCCUCGGGCAGGACUUGAACGAGCUCAUCCUCACGGGGUGCAACGUGCAAGUCACGCUCCAGAGGAUGAACGGGAGCAGCGGCCAUAUCGUCAGCGGCUGCGCCUCCUUCUGCUCCAUGUAUCUGAUGGUGACCCGCGAUGAAGGCGGCAACAUCUGCUCCAACCUCGGCUGCUGCCAGUCGUACAUCCCCGCAGGCGACGCAUCCUAUGGCGUGGAGCUUAAGCGGCUCGGCGGCGGCAUGCCGAGAUGGAGAAUGUACUUGGAGUACAACGCGGUGAACGUGCUCGUCGCCGAGAUGGGUUGGCUCAAUUACGACCGGAUAAGGAGACUGCGCGUCGCGCUGGGAAGGACAGCUGCUGAGGUGAAGGUCCCCAUGAUUCUCCGGUGGGCGGUGCCCUACGGAGCUGCACCGACCGACAGACGGCAUGACAACUACACGGGGAUAUGCCCGGCCGACGCAGAUCGGACCAUCUGCAAAAGCACCAACAGCCAGUGCGUGUACGAGACAACCAAUACAUCCACGGGCUUUUUUUUUCGAGAAAAAGGGUGAACCCCGGGCCACAUUCAGAGGCUAUUCUUGCCGGUGCAACAAGGGCUACGACGGUAACCCUUACCUCACCGCCGGAUGCCAAGGUACUUAUGCUUUAUGUUGCUGUUUUUCUACUUGACAAUUAUUUUUCGGAUUUGCUAUUUCUU